GCAGGGUGACAACAGAGGGAGUCGUGACUUGCAGCCCGAUGCAGUGGUCUCUUUAAGCGCAGGGCGGAGAGCAGAUUUCCGAUCGUCAACGAAGCGGAUUAUAGCUUCAGUCCUGCGUCUGCUGCUACAUCAUCUCAGCUGAUCUGGAGAAUUCCCUCUGCAGGGAGACAAACAAGCCCUGCCUGUAUGCUCAGCACAACACGGCACCAUGGAUUUCAACGUCAAAAAACUGGCUUCUGGUGCAGGAGUCUUCUUCACUCGGGCUGUGCAGUUCACAGAGGAGAAGCUGGGCCAGGCUGAGAAGACAGAGCUGGAUCCACACUUAGAGAACCUGAUCACUCGGGCCGACUGCACCAAGAACUGGACUGAAAAGAUCUUGAGACAAACUGAGGUGCUUCUACAGCCCAACCCAAGUGCUCGAAUAGAGGAGUUCAUCUAUGACAAGCUGGAUAAGAAGCUCCCUUCCAGGACGACUAAUGCAGAACUGCUGGGACAGUACAUGCUGGAAGCUGCCAAUGAGUUUGGUUCAGGGACGCCAUAUGGCAGUACCCUUAUCACAGUGGGAGAGUACCAGAAAAGAUUGGGGGGAGCCGAGCGCGAGCUCCUCCAAACCUCAGCUGCCACCUUCCUCACUCCGCUACGCAACUUCCUGGAAGGAGACUGGAGGACUAUAUCAAAAGAGAGACGACUUCUGGAGAAUCGACGGCUGGAUCUUGACAUCUGCAAAGCCCGCCUGAAAAAAGCCAAGCAGGCAGAAGCCAAAGCAGCGGCUGCACCUGAUUUUCAGGAGACAAGGCCUCGAAAUUAUGUUCUUUCUGCCAGUGCAUCAGCGCUGCUGAGUGAGGAGGUGGACAAAGCAGAGCACGAGCUUCGUGUGGCUCAGACAGAGUUUGACCGACAGGCUGAGGUCACAAGGCUGCUGCUGGAAGGCAUCAGCAGCACACAUCUCAACCACCUGCGUUGUUUGCAGGAUUUUGCAGAGGCUCAGGCCACUUACUACGCCCAGUGUCAUCACUACAUGCAGGACCUUCAGAGGGAGCUCAACAAAUGUGCUAAUGCCGUCAGCGCCCUGCACACGACUGCUGUUUGCCCUGACCCCGUCUCCUCUGCUUUCCUGUCUGGACCAUCAUCUCCUGGGGCUACAGUGUCCUCUUCGUCUAGCCAGAAGCCCAGCACGCUGGCUAUGGAGCAGACACAGCUUCCUGUCACGGGCACCAGAAAGGCCAAGGUCCUGUAUGACUAUGAUGCCCAUGAUGCCAACGAGCUUUCCCUCUUGGCUGAUGAGCUCAUUACAGUAUACACCGUACCAGGAAUGGACCCUGACUGGUUGAUUGGAGAACGGGGCAAUGAAAAGGGCAAAGUCCCUGUCACCUACCUUGAACUGCUGAGCUAAUGGACCAAACAACAGGACACACACACACACACACACACACACACACACACACACACACACACACACACACAUGUAUUUUCUACACUUACUGUAUGUGUGGCUAUAAACACUUAUGCAAACCUGUCUGUUGGGAAAGUUUUCAUAAGUACAGAUGAGUUAUUGGAGGAAAUUGCAACAAACGCUUGUUAUGUGGCCACUUGGGUCAUUACAGACUUCCUCUUAUUCCAGUGAUGUGUACGUGUGUGCGAGUGUAAUGAGACCACAGUUAAAGCUACAUUCCCUAUUUUAGUUAGUUUAGGUGUCUUAGUGUUAAGUCUGUGUUUUUACCACAAAGCAUUCGCAAGGCAUUCAAAACUAAGAUAGGUUUGCAACUAAUGAUUAUUUUCACUGUCAAUUAAUCUGCAAAUUAUUUUCUGAAUUAAUCAAUUACUAAUAUACAAAGUAAGUUACAAAGUGUGACAAAUGUCGAUCACUGUUUUCCAAAGCCCAAGAUGACAUCCACAAAUAUUUUGUUUUGUCCACAACCCAAAGAUAUUUAGUUUACUGUCAUAGGAGAGAGAAAAAAACACAUUUAAAAAGCUGGAAUCAGAUAAUUUUGACUUUUUUUCCUCAAAAAUAUUACUUUAACUGAUCAAUCAAUUAUCAAAUUAGCUAGCAAUUAAUUCAAUAGUUGCAACUAAUCGUAUAAUUGUCGCAGUACUCGACCUUGCAUGUUGCAUUUAAGGAUGAUUCUGAUUUACUACAACUUGGGUCUUUUUUUCCUGUAGUUUAGGCCAUCAUUUGUAUCAGGGUCAUGUUGUACCCACAAAAGUAUCUGCUGGGAAUUGGAACACGAUGAUAUGGCUACAGCAGAGUUUGAUGGGCCAGGAAACAGAAGCUGUCAGAAAAAUAGACAAUUAUAAACUGGCCAAAUUAGGCCAGAUGAUUUAAGCCUCUUUCUAGAAGUAAAAAUUAAACUCAAUUAAAGUCAUUAAUUUGUCAUAAAGUUGCUGCCUUGACAAACAAGUCCACUUUCAGCUCCACAACCCCCAAAGCUGUGUUAAUGCUCUGACCUUGUUUUCUCACAAAUUCCUGUGAGGUGUUACACCCUAGACACGUGAAAAUUCCAUCAGUGAUUAAAACGUGUGCAAAGGCUGUUCAUGAAAUAUGAUACCGGUUGGCCCCAUGGGGGCACUAUAAGUAAGGCUAAAAAAAAAAUCAAUUUUUUAAGGGAAACACCCCUCACACCGUAAGUGUGACUGACCUGAAAUUUGACAGACAAUUGUAGCUCAAUGUGCUCUACGAAAAACACACAAGAACAAUGAUGGGACCAUCGGUAACAUUUUUUGCCAUUUUUAAUUAUUUAAAAAAAACAAAAACAUUUUUGCAUCUUGUCCUAAACCAUAGAUCCUAUUCAUACCAACCUUUCUGUGGCUCAUCAUUGGACCAAGCUUAUCAAAAGUUAUCAAAACCUUGUUGAUAUCUCAUUGUGUUUUGAUGAUAUUGACCAAUGAACCUUAGAGGGGCCAUGGCUCAGUACAUAACUCAUCAAUGUUUCAGCCAAUCAUCACAAAACUUACAAGCAAUGUCUUAGGAGGUACCAGGAACAUAUCCUGAAAGUUUCAUUUAAAUUGACUACUAGGGGGCACAACAAAUGCAAAAAAUGGGUGUGGGAUUACACAAAUCAGACUAAAUCAUAAAUUGAUAGUCCAGUCAGCUUGUAGGGUAUGUUAAAGCUUUCAACUAAAAGGAAUGGAUUUGGGGGUUUUACUUUGUACUGUCAACCUCAUUGAGCUGAAACAUACAUGGUAAAAUUUACAACAACAACCAAUGUUUGCUGAUAUAUUUGCUGAUAUGAUGGCUCUAUGUUCUGUCUUUUCCUGCUACCGUGGCCAGCUGAGCACCAUUUCACACAUUCUUUGAAGGCCGACCAUUUCAUUGGCCAACUAAAAUGAAAAAAAUUGCCCGCAAAAGACAACCUGGGGUGUACACAUCGAAUAUAUAUUUUCGUCCAGUCAUCCAACUCUAAAACGUACGGAUUGGAAAUCUUGGAAGUUUCUUGUUUUAAUUUUCAGAUUCAGAGUCCUAACCUCACCAUUUUCCCACUAUCACAACACUUGCUGUUAGUUUGUGAAAUAACAACAGUAUACAGUGUUUGUGAGUGAUCAUGCUGAGUCAUGCUGAGUUUUUUUCAAGGAGAACUUGAUAAAUAGUCUGGUGCGAUACUAACUGUUUGGUUUCAAGUUUAAAUGAGGAUUUCUAAAAUGUUUGUGGAGAAACAUGAUAGAAAUGUACAUCCUGUAUGAGGAACUACACUGCUACUCAAUUUAUUAUCAAGUAAAACCACUAAGUGGUUUAAAAGAAUGCUUACAAAGUGACAUGUGCCUAAAGAAGUCAUGCAGCAACACUAAAAAUAGAUCACAGAGGGGCAGUGCAGACGGAGGCCAUAUGACACCUUGUGAAACUUCCUUGCAGUAAAUGUUGCAAGAAAGUUCAAAAUAAUUUGAAACAGAACAGUGUGUGGUAACUUUGUGGAGGAAAUGAAAAUCGUGAAUCACUUACUCUUACCAUCCAACACAAACAUUAAAUUAUUACCAUAGAGAAGUUCUCCAGAUGUGUCAGUCUUGGCGAUCCUCUCCACUCACAAAGUAUGCAGGGUGAAAUCAAGCAGAGUGGGUUAUGAGGCCAAAAGGGCAAAGUAAAGUCAGCGCAUCCACCGGUUUCUGAAAAGAAUUUCCACUAAAGUAGACCCAGUCAUCAUGUAAUUUGUGUAACUUCCUUGCCAUAAUUGUGGCAACAGUGAGUGUAAAACAUUUGGAAAUAGAGUGACCCAGUUUGCUGUGACCUGUGAUGAGCUAAUAGAGCUGAUGAUUUUCAGGAAAAAAGGUCACAUCCAUCAGUCAAAAUAAUGACUCAUCACCUUGUGAGAAAGUGUUGUAUGACUAAUGUUUCAUUAUGUGUAAUUUACUAUUGAUGAUGUUAAGUCUUUAUCUGGAUGGUUUACCACCAGUGACAGUGCAAUGAGUGUGAGUCAUAGCUGCAAGUAAUGUUGUAGGGCAUCCAAAGGGAAUCCUAAGUGUGAUUUCACAUCCUGACAUGCUAAUAGUAGAAGCUUGAGUAUACAGUAGUUAAGUGUAUCUGGCAUGGAUAUCCCUGUUACCAGGGGAUAAUGCUGAAUGUUUUUGUGACCCACCCAGACCUUUCUUCGAGAGGCACCUGUACCUCUUAUCAUUUUAAAUAGAACUGUCAGAAUGCUAUUAAAUUUGCUACAUUGAUGCUUCUCUCUAGGGCCAUCCUCAGGACAAAAUUUUUACUUUCAGCUUUACGACUGAUUAGGCUGUAACAACAGAAAAAUUGUCAAUAUGUUGUUUGCUCUAUUUGUAAUUAUGUGUGAUGAAAAUUUCAGCAGUGCUUAAGACAUUUGGUUUUGUUUAUAUAGCCCAGUUGCCAGAAGGAGAUGUUGGCAUAGUAGGUUUCUGCAAACCCUUAAUACUUUAGAUUUGUAUGUUUCAUACAUAUCAUAUCAAUGUUUCGGAAGUUACAUUAUUUAUAAAUAUAUUCAGGCUGUAAAUUGAUUAAUAUAUUUAAUCGCAAUUAAUCGCAUGAGUGUUAAGUGUAUCGCACAUUUUUUUCUGUUCAAAAUGUACCAUAAAGGGUUUUUCAUACUCUUGUCAACAUGGGAGUGGACAAAUAUGCUUGCUUGAUGCACAUGUACAUUUCUUAUUAUUGCAACAAUCCAAAACAAUGAUAAAUACUCU